CGGUUAGAUUUGAAUACUGCACGAAGGCAGUCUGGUUGCUUGAGGAGACGUCGGGAGGCGGCGGUGAGCUGAUGUCCGCCGACCCCAAACAAGUCUGAGAAGAAUUUGGCAAACAGGAGGCUACGGCAGAAAGGUUUCCUUCAAAAAUGGAUGGGAUGUCUUCAGAGACUAAUGAAGAAAAUGACAAUAUAGAGAGACCUGUUAGAAGACGACAUUCCUCAAUUUUGAAACCUCCUAGGAGUCCUCUUAGGGACCUCAGAGAAGGGAAUGAAAUAGUUCAGGAGCCCAGUGCUUUGAGAAAUAAGAAAAGCUCUCGUCGAGUCAGCUUUGCAGAUACUAUAAAGGUAUUCCAGACAGAAUCACAUAUGAAAAUAGUGAGAAAGUCAGAGGUUGCAGAAACAGAAGCAAGAGAAAAUGUUCUAUUUACACAGACUAUGAAUCCAGAAGAUAAUGACUGUGAGAUUACUGGAAUGAACACAUUGCUUAGUGCUCCCAUUCAGACCCAGAUGCAACAGAGAGAGAUUUCAAUUACAGAACACAACCAUGAAAAGAAACAUUCAAAUGACCAGACAGUCAUCUUUUCAGAUGAAAAUCAGAUGGACCUGACAGCAAGUCACACCGUGAUGAUUACCAAAGGCCUUUUAGAUAAUGCAAAAAGUGAAAAGUCCACCAAGAUAGAUACCACAUCGUUUCUGGCUAACUUAAAGCUUCACACUGAGGAUUCAAGAAUGAAAAAAGAAUUAAAUUUUUCCAUGGAUCAAAAUACUAAUUCAGAAAAGAAAAUAAAUUUCAAUAACUUCAUAAAAAGAUUGAAAACAGCGAAAUUUAAUGCUUUUUCUACAGGACCUGAUAAAGAAAAUUCUGAGCUGUCUCUUCAUUCCAAAGAACCUGAGGCCUCUUCCGUACAUCAAAUGCAUGUUUCCCUUAAUGUAGAUGAAAAUAGCAGUAAUAUAACUAGAAUCUUUCAAGAACAAGAUGAUGGGAUGAAUUUCACCCAGUGUCAUACAGCCAAUAUUCAGAGUUUGGUUCCCACAUCCAGUGAGGCCAGCUUAAGAGAAUUCAAAAGUGAUGAUAUUACAGUUUAUGGCAAUGACUUAAUGGACUUGACAAUAAACCACACUCUACAAAUUUUACCCUCAGCAGAUAAUUUAUCUGAAAUAGAAAAUAAAACUCAGACUGUCAUGAUGGAUGUUACAACAGAUUGUACAACUAAAGCUCCAGGAAAGAAGACAUUCUUUGAGAAUAAAUCAAAUGCUGCUUUUCCAGACUCUUCCUUAAACCCUAAAGGUGAAAUACAUAUUACCAGAGGUCACGUUAUGGGGACAGAAACUCACACAGUCACACAGACUUCUAAUCAAGAUGUCAGAACAUUCGCCAUGAUCCCAGAAUCUAUAUGUUCCAAUCCAGCAAUUCAAGAUUAUAAGACAGUUAUGUAUUCUAGUUGUAAUGAUGCCAUGGAACUGACCAAGUGUUUUUCAAGUAUGAAAGAGGAAAAAAAUUUGCCAAAGCAUGACCGUAAUUGUGCCAAAAUAUAUUAUAAUCCAGAUCCCAACUCUCUUCUCAUAGAGAAAACUAUUUAUUCAGGAGAGGAUAGCAUGGACAUUACCAAGAGUCACACAGUUGCAAUAGAUAAUCAGAUUUUUAAAGAAGGUCAGACAAAUGUACAGAUAACAGCCAUACCAAUAUCUGAAAAAGAAAUGAUGCUCCAAAAUCACAUAACUAUGUCAAAAGAUGAGGAAAUGAAUUUAAAUUGUAGCUCAAUUCCUCAUAUAUCUAAGGGAAAAUUACAACAGGAUCAGGCAAAUCCUGUUUCUGUUUCAUUGACUGGCAAAAAGACUGUAAUUUUUGCAGGUGAAGAUGAGGAUUUGACUAAAUGUCACACAACUAAUUUAGGAAGUCAAGCUGUUCUUGCAUCUUAUAAUGUAGCAUCAGAGGAUGCCAGUAAAUCUCACUCUGACAGCAAAAACCUUUUAGAUGAAUGGGAAAAAAUGGCCAAAAGUCAUAAUGAACUAUCCCGACAACCAAAAAUAAUAUCUAAAAACAUCCUAACUGACACCUGGGGCAAAGAAAUAGAUCAAGUUUUGAAGAUUUCACCCUCUCUCCAUAAAGUUUCUCCUCAGUCAGUUGAUAUUAACCAGGACAAAGCAACAAGCUAUAAUAUAGUAUGCUCUGGUGGAGAUCUUAAUAAACAAGUAGCACUGGGAAAGAAUAGAAAUACAGUUUUAUGUGAGCAAUCUUUGUUUUCCACCACAAAACUAUUUUCAUCAGAAGGACGAUCUGCCAUGGAAAAUCAUAAUAAUGCUGUUAACAGUCAUAUAGUAAAAUCUGUACCAGGCCAGGAUUCUAAUCUGCCUGAGUCACUGAGAAAAAGUUCAAACAGUCUCACCCUUGACUGUACUCAUGACAAGAUAAUUAUUUGUUCAGAAAAGGAGCAAAAUAUGGAUUUAACCAAGAGUCAUACUGUUGUCAUUGGAUUUGGUCCUUCUGAAGUACAAGAACUUGAUAAGACUAACUUAGAAAAUACUAACAGCCAACUAAUAAACAGACAGGUAGCUGUAAAUGUUGGAAAAUUUAAUAAAACUCCUAUAGAAAAAACUGGAGUGUUUAUUUUUAAUGAUAUGGAUGUGUUGGAGGGCAGAAGUGUGCAGAAACCUAGAUUUCUGAAUGAAUUGAAAGAUGUCAAAAUUUGUGGAAAGGAAAGUAUUGACAGAUUAAAAAUUGAUAGGACUGUUAUAUUUUCAGAGGGUGAUGAGAAUGAUAUGGAUAUCACCAAAAGUUAUACAUUGAAAAUAAAUCAUAGACCUUUAUUUGAUAAACAUGAUUCCCAUUUAGUGCCUUUGGCUGGAACUUCGAAAACUGUUUUGUAUCCAUGUGGGCUGGAUGACAUGGAGGUCACUAGAAGUCACACAACUGCCAUAGAAUGUGAAACUGUCUCACCAGAUGAAGUAACUACCAGGCCUGUGGACAAAACUGUAAUGUUUACAGAUAAUCACGAUGAACUAGAAAUGACAAAGUCCCACACUGUUUUCAUUGACUACCAAGCGAAGGAAGGAACUGUGCCUCCAGACAGAUCCGACUUUGAAUUAUCCAAAAGGAAAAGCCUAGGAAAACCAAAAGUGACUUCUCCUGACGAGGAGAGUGUUUUCUUUCCAGAGAAUGGUGAAAGUAACCAUUCAGCAGCAAAAGUCAACCAGCUAACACUAUGUGGGGAACGGUCUAGUGGUCCUGUAGAAAAAGCUGUAGGAUUUAUAGCUCAUGAGAACAUGGAAGUGUCUACAUCAACCAUUUGGAAAAAUAACAAAGAUGUACAAAAGCCUGAAUUUCUGAAUGAACCUCUGUCAGGCAAAAGUCAAAGAAGGAAAAGCCUUAGACUAAAAAAUGACAAGCCCAUUGCAUUUUCAAGUAAUGAUAAAAAUGAUGUAGACAUCAUCCAGAGUUGUACAGUGGAAAUAAAUAACAAAAGUGCCCUGGAAGACAGAAAAGACUCCUCUUUGGUGCCUUUGGCAGGAACUUCGAAAACUGUUUUGUAUACAUGUGGGCAGGAUGACAUGGAGGUCACUAGAAGUCACACAACUGCCAUAGAAUGUGAAACUGUCUCACCAGUUAAAAUAACCACUAGACCUAUGGAAAAUACUGUGGUGUUUAUAGAUAAUCACAGUGAUCUGGAAGUCACCAAGUCCCAUACGGCUUUCAUUGAUUGUCAAGCCACAGAGAAAAUACUUCAAGAGUGCCCUAAAUUAGCAGUAACAAAAAGAAAAACCUUGGGUGUUUCUUUUCCUAAGGAUGGUAGUAGCUCUGUUCAAGAAAUCUCUAAAAGACAAGCACAGGCUGUAGAAAACAAAAUUGUUCUCCAAGCUGAGCCAAAACAUCAUGUGAUACCCUAUUCUAAUACAUUGUCUGGGGAUCAAGGCAAGACAGAAAUCAUCACAUUCCGUAGUACUGCUACAGAUGAAAAGGUCAUGGCAAAAGUUGUAGACCAGGCCUAUACUUUGGAAAAAGCCAAACUUGAAAGCUGCCACUUAAAUAGCACAGAUAGAAAUGUAGAUUUUGCAAAUAGUCAUGCACCUGCUGUUUGUGGAUCCAGUGAUAAUUAUUCCUGUUUACCAAAUGUUAUUUCCUAUUUUGAUAAUUUGGAAGGGAAUGUCAUGUCCUUAUGUGAUCAAGAUGAGAAAGCCAGUGAUUGCCCAGUGCAAAAUGAUCUUGCUUAUGCAAACAGUUUAACCAGUGAAUAUUACUUGAAAUCUGAUGGACUGCCUCUCUCUGCUCCUUGUUCUUUGUUAGAGAAGGAAACAGUUAUUCAAACUAAUACCAAAGGACAGUCAGGUAACUGUGUCAUAACAGUGCUCAAAGAUCAAGACCUGAUUAAGGAGCACCAAAAUCUAUUAACUAACCAAACUUUAGUAUAUGGUCAGGAUUUGGGAAACGUGACCGAACUUGAUUCAAAGCAAGUAUCUUUUAAGCUUCCAGAGGAUCAAAUGGAAGACAUUGUUCAUAAUGCAGAACACAGUUUAAAGCAGACCUUUGUUGAUGAUGUUUGUGUUGGUUCUCAGCCUCAUCUCUCAACCCACUUACCUCCAUUACCUCAACAAGGACAGAGUAUUAUUAAUAAGGAUAAAACAAUAUUGUCUAAAGCUGGAAGUAAGAGCUUAAAUAUUGUUAUAAGAAAUUCCUCUGUUCCCGCAUUUGAAAACGAGUCCAAAAUGCUCAAUGAGAAACAGUUUACUGUAGCCUGUGAAAAAGAACUGAAGAAAAAUAUCCAAACAGCUAAAUGUAAAAUAGACACAGACUUUCACAGUAAUUCAGACUUGACUAAGCAAGUUAUCCAAACUCAUGCCAAUCCUAAAGAAGCAUCAGAGCCUGUAAUUGCAUCUAAUGCUGCAAGUUUUAGUAGCAAACCAAAUCUGAAUGGGAAAACUGAAGAAUUUUUAGAUUUCCAAGCUAUUCAUAUACCACCUUUUCCGAAACAAUUACUUGAAUUAGUAAAUAAGGCAGACAGUGAUAUGAGUAUAGUGCAAGCUACAGAAAUAAAUAAUAUUAACACAGUGUCCAACAAUGUUAAAGAUGAUAGAGAUGAAGAAAAUAAAUUUUUUCAUAACGGAGCUGAAACCAACUCUGUGCCAUCAAUGACAGUUGUAAAAGAUAAAGUGAGGAGAUGUUCUUUGGGAAUAUUUUUGCCCAGAUUGCCAAACAAGAGAAAUUGUAGUGUCACUGGUAUUGAUGACCUGAAGCAGAUUCCAUCAGAUACAGCUGAUUUAAACCACUUAGAAACUCCACCAGUCUCCAGUAAAGAUUCGGGCAUUGAAUUUAUUUCAGAUAAACUGAACUUAAGUCCAUCUCAGUAUAUAAAUGAGGAAAAUCUUCCUGUAUAUCCUGGUGAGAUUAAUUCCGCAGACUCUAUUAGCAUAGAAACUGAGGAAAAGGCUUUGAUUGAGACACACCAAAAAGAGAUUUCACCAUCUGAAAAUAAAAUGAAAGAAACCUACAAUAGCCAAAAAAGAACUUGGGUACCAGACGAUGAUGAUAUUCAGAAUGAGAAAAAAGUCAGAAAAAGUGAGAUUAAGUUUAGUGAUACUGCACAAGAUCAGCAGAUUUUUGAUCACCAUGUUGAAGGGGAUAUAGAUAAAAAUGCUAACAGUAUAUUGAUAAAAAGCCUGGGCAGGACCCCAUCUAGUUGCAGCAGUUCUCUGGAUUCGAUCAAGGCUGAUGGAACCUCUCUGGACUUCAGCACGUACCGUAAUAGUCAAAUGGAAUCACAGUUUCUCACAGACACUAUUUGUGAAGAGAGCUUGAAGGAGAAACUCAAAGAUGGGAGAAUAACAAUAAAGGAAUUCUUUAUACUUCUUCAAGUCCACAUUUUGAUACAGAAACCCCGACAGAGCACUCUCCCAGCCAAAUUUACUAUAAACACUCAACCUACUCCAGAAGAUCUGAUGUUAAGUCAAUAUGUUUACCGACCCAAGAUACAGAUUUAUAGAGAAGAUUGUGAGGCUCUUCGCCAAAAGAUUGAAGAAUUAAAGCUUUCUGCACUGAAUCAAGAUAAACUGUUGACUCAUGUAAAUAGGAACCUAUGGGAAAAAAUGAGACAUUGCUCUGAUGAGGAGCUGAAGGCUUUUGGAAUUUACCUGAACAAAAUAAAAUCACAUUUUACAAAGAUGACUAAAAUCUUCACUCACCAAGGAAAAAUAGCUCUCUACAGCAAGCUGGUGCAGUCAGCUCAGAAUGAGAGGGAGAAACUCCAAAUAAGAAUAGAUGAGAUGGACAACAUACUUUUGAAGAUUGCUAACUGUCUCACUGAGGUGGAAAUGGAAAUAAAGAAUUUGGGGGAUGAAGAGAAAGAUAUUCCUAUGGAAGAAUGGGAUUCUGAAAUGAGAGCUGCAGAAAAAGAACUGGAACAGCUGAAAACUGACGAAGAAAAGCUUCAAAGAAAUCUCUUAGAACUAGAGGUACAGAAAGAGCAGACCCUUGCUCAAAUAGACUUUGUGCAGAAAGAAACAAAUACAACUGAAGAGCUACUGGAUCAGUUGAGCUUGUCUGAGUGGGAUGUCAUUGAGUGGAGUGAUGAUCAAGCUGUAUUCACCUUUCUUUAUGACACAAUACAGCUCACUAUCACUUUUGGAGAGCCAGUAGUUGGUCUCCCUUUCCUGAACAAGGUUUAUAGGAAGAUUGUUGACCUGAAUUUUCAAUCUCUGUUAGAUGAGGAUAAAGCUCCUCCUUCCUCCAUUUUAGUUCAUAAGCUUAUUUUUCAGUACAUUGAGGAGCAGGAAUCCUGGAAGAAGAAAUGUACAACACAGCAUCAGGUGUCCAAGAUGCUUCAAGAAAUCUCACUGGUAGUAAGCCAUUGCAAACUCCUUGGAGAAGAGAUUGAGUUUUUGAAGAGAUGGGGACCAAAUUAUAACCUAAUGAACAUAGAUGUGAAUAAUACUGAAUUGAGACUUUUAUUCUCCAGCUCUGCAGCAUUUGCAAAGUUUGAGAUAACGUUGUCUCUCUCAGCCCAAUAUCCAUCUGUCCUGUUACCUUUCUCCAUUAAAAAUCACCUUGGAAAUAUUAGCCAAGAUGAAAUUUCUGCCCUUCUAUCUAAAGUGCCACUGGAGGACAACUACCUAAAGAAUGUAGUCAAGCAAAUUUACCAAGAUCUGCUUCAGGGCUGCGAUUUCUACCAUUUGACCCUUGGACCACAGCUGUAGCAACCAAGCACAAUACACUUGAUAAUGAUAU